AUGCACAAAAGUAAGACUUUUAUAUCCAAUCCAUCCCCUUACUCUGGAUCGCUCGCUGUCGCACGGCCCGUCGCAGCCGCUCUCUGUGCGACGCCCUGCCGUGCGGCAGCUAACAGUUCGCAGGCGCUGGGCGACAAGAGCGAUGCCGCACAUAGCGCCGCUUUUGGAGGGGUCGCGGAAAACCAACCUUCCGCCCACCCCUCCACUUCCGCCACUCCCGCUUCCGCCGCUUCCGCCGCUUCCCCCGAAGCCCUCCCCAGACGCUCCGCGCUCGCGGGCGGACUCCUCGCCUUGGCUUCCGCCACCCUCUCCCCGUACCUCCCACUACCCGCCGUCCCCCCCGUCGCGCACGCCGCCGCGGACGCCGCCGCAACGGUGGAAGCCGCGGGCGGAAGCGACCUGCUGAAAGGGCUCCGAUCCGCGUUCGAUUCGGACGAGCUCACGGCGAGCGGGCGGCGGCUUCCGAAGGCGUACGUGCGGAGCGUGACGGCGCUCAUCAGCAGCCUGCGCGACGCGCUGGGCGCGGAGGAGGGCGACCGGGGGGAGUUCCGGCGCAAGGCGGACGUGGCUAAGGGCGCGAUCCGCGCGUACCUGGGGGAGUGGCGGGGGAAAGCGCCGGAGAACACUGAGAUCAUCACCUCCUCUCUCGACUCUGUGCUCAGAACGCUCUCCCGCUUCUACAUGCGCAGCGGAGUCAAUGCAAAGCUCCCUGCUGACGUCAGAGACGGGAUCCUUGCUGACCUGGCACUUGCAGAGGCUGCGUUGUAA